AUGCACCCUUUCCUUGAGGAUCGUUCAAGCGCCUCCAAGCAAAACUCCUCUAGGCAAAGCCCUUCCAAACGUAGCAACACGCCACGCAAAUCAUAUUCUCGUGAGUUUCUCCACAAAGUGACGGAUUCUUUCAACAGACUUGCCUCACCUUUGGCGUCUCAGAAUACCUCCAGAUCGAAUAGCACAACUUCUCUCAAUAAACACUUCCAGGUUCACGAUAACCACCAUCACGAUGCAUUGAAUAAUUUCUUAAGCGUCUCCAUAAAGAAGCUGUUAGACACAACACACUCAGAUUCCUCCACAGCCUCCAAUGCUACGACAAUGGGUACAACACCUUCCUUGAAUAAAGACGAGAAAACUUAUUUUGACAAAGAGCUGGACUCUUCUAUCUCGUUGAACAAGGUCAAGGAGACUAACCAUGUUUUUCUAGAGUAUGAUCCUGUUAGCAAGAGAAAGAAAUUAAACACUUAUGAAUUGCUCAAGGACCUGGGCCGUGGUCAGCAUGGUAAAGUCAAGUUAGCCAGAGAUACAACUACUAAUGCUUUGGUGGCUAUAAAAAUUGUCGAUAGAAAAUCAAAGCCUUCCUUAGGCAAAGUGCAUACCAACACAGAAGAAAAGGUCAAACGUGAGAUCGCUAUCAUGAAAAAGUGUGAUCAUCCGCAUGUCGUUAAAUUGAUUGAAGUUCUAGAUGAUGCUACGUCAAAAAAAAUAUAUAUGGUGCUAGAGUAUCUAGAGAAAGGAGAGAUCAAAUGGUCCAAAAAGGAUGAUGUUACAGGUGAAUUGCGUCCAUACCUAAAAUUUCAUGAAGCAAGGCAAGUCUUCAGGGAUGUUGUCAGUGGAUUGGAAUAUCUCCACUACCAAGGUGUCAUACACAGAGAUAUUAAACCAGGAAAUCUUCUAGUUUCUAAUUCGAACAUUGUCAAAAUCUCUGACUUUGGAAUUUCUUAUGCUUCAUCCCUUGAAUCAAACACAGAGUAUGAACUUGCUAAAACAGCCGGAACCCCUGCAUUUAUGGCUCCUGAACUUUGUUCUACAAAUGGCUACAAGACAGACACCAAAGUAACUCACAAAAUUGAUAUUUGGGCGUUGGGUGUUACUCUAUACUGUUUGCUGUUUGGCACCCUUCCCUUUUACGGUGAUUCAGAGUACUUACUAUUUGAAGCUAUUAAUAAAGAGGAACUCAAGUUUCCGCCAGCUCACAAGUCUUAUAUGACAGAUGAAGAGUUUGAAAUGAGUCGAGACCUGCUUGAGAGAUUGCUGCGAAAAGAUCCCGAGAGACGAAUAGAUAUACCAGAGAUUAAAAAACACAGGUUUUUCACUUGGGGGCUUUCCAGAAUUGAUUCCAAGCUGUACAGCAGUAAUUUCAACUGCAACAAGAAAAUCGCUGUUAGCAAUGAAGAAGUGGACGAUGCAGUUAUUGGCAUUCGUAAUAGAAUCAAACACAAACUUCAGAAGGCUUUGAAGUUGGCGGGAUUAUCUUCUGUAUCUGGUUCCAGCACUGCGUCAAAUUCUUCAUCUCAGAUCAAAGUCACUAGAAAAAGUCAACCUAGGCCUUCUUCUCAUAUCAAAUUCCUAUCCAUGGAAACAUCACAAAACGAACCAGUGCUAUCGGAGGUCCAAAAGGAACCCGAGACAAUUGUCCCGAUCACCUCUUGGCCUCCAGCUUCGCACUACAAGAGAGAUUCUAUAUCAGCUUCAAUUUUAUCCAAGGAAAGAUCUGGAUCUAUUGACUCUUCAUCUACAGCUCCAGUAGAGACUAGAGCUCUAGCUAAUGGUGAUGUAUAUGUCGACUGCAAUCCUAGAGCAGUUUCGCAUUUGUCCGACAUUGUCUCCAAGGAUAUGGAGCGAAGAUUAAGUGUGAUGAGCAACUCUAAUGGGUCAACUCAUGGGACAAACAAUGCAACACACAGUGAACCAGUUGAUAUGGUGUUUUCUCGAAGUAAUAUCCCCACCGAUCAAGGAGCCUCGGCGAGCGCAAUGAACAUACCAGAGUCAUCAAGCGACGACUCAUUGGACUGUUUUGAUGGUUCUCCUUCCUCCUUUCAUCCAACUGAUAACAAUGCCGAGGCUGGCUCAUUACAUACUGCGUCAAGUAAAUCCAUUUUGAGUGUUCCGGAGAAUUUAAAAGCUUUUGCUUUGGAAAGUUCCCAUGGCCGUGGCAAGAUUAAUAACAAGUUCUCCUUUGGUGAGGACGAAUCCUCUUCGCAGUCAUCAGAUUCAGACUCUAGUGCUCACUCAGAAUCUGAAGAAGAUGAUGAUGAUGGUGAGCUGACUUUAGUUCUUGGUCCUAAACGAGAUAUGCCUCCUUUUUUGAGGCGAAGAAUAGCAUCCCAUGAAUCAACUCUACCUACAGUUGGAAACAUGCCCAAAGAGCAAGCCAUCAAGAAUGUGGAUCAGGAUAUUGCCAAUGCCUGUUCUCCUGUGCAGUCAUCUAGUGAUAUUCCUCGAUCUGAAUUGGAUCCAUUUGUGGUGCUGAAUACCGAGAACAAUCAUGCAGAAGUGCAACAACCUUCAAAAGAAAGAACUACACGAGCACACGUUGUAUCACCAUUGUCCAAGGACGCUCCAUUGUCACCAAAAGCGAACACAUCGGCACAUCUAGCCCCGAAAAUCAGUUACAACCCACGACUCUACAGAAAUCAUUACAAUAAAGAGUUUUUUGUUACCCCGUAUCAAUCGGAUGCUUUUCACUACAAUGCAGACGAAAAGAGAAGCAACCAGAAUCCCUGCGCUGCAACAUCUUCCCACAAUGAUAAUAACGACAGAUUCAGAUCCAGGAAUAAUUCCAUAACGGUGGGUAUUUUACAGCGGGGCAAUUCGAAGGAUGAUAGUAUAUGA